AUCCGUAUUUCUUCUGACAUUCUAUAUAAACGUUUCGAACAAGACCACGAGUUAUUCGCUUACUUUUUCAGAUAGGGAAUUUAUCGGUCGGUCUUAUCGUGUGAUUAUGUCAGUUGUUGAAGUCAUGACGAAGCCGAAAGUACUGGUCACCAGCUGCGAGACCCCAAAAACCGGCAUCGACCUCCUGAAAGUCACUUGUGAUGUCACGAUUCUUCCCUACGUCGAGCCCACGAUAGAGCAAGUGUACGCGGCCCUCCCAGGGCAUGACGCGGUUUUUCUCUCUGGACAUGUGACCGUGAAUUCCAAGUUUCUGGACAUCGCUGGUCCCAACCUGAAGGUGGUUUCGACGAUGUCCGCUGGUUACGAUCACCUGGACGUUCCGGAAAUUAAAAGGAGAGGUAUCAAGGUGGGACAUACACCCCAGGUACUCAGUGCAGCAGUUGCUGAAAUUGCUGUGAUGCUGAUGCUGAAUGCUGCAAGAAGGGCCCACGAGGGUCGCACUCUUCUAGAAGAGGGAAAGAUGGAAAGAGGUCCCCAGUGGCUUCUCGGUCACGAUUUGAGAGGCUCCACCGUAGGAAUAGUCGGUCUAGGAGGCAUUGGCCAAGAGGUCGUGAAACGCCUGAUUGGUUUUUCAGUUAGAAAAUUCCUGUACACGGGGCACAACAGAAAAAAAGCUGGGGAUGAGCUCGGGGCGGAAUUCGUGUCUCUUGACGAUAUCCUGGAGCUGAGCGACUUCAUUGUCCUUGCUGUGCCCCUGACCCUCGAGACUCGGGCACUCUUCAAUGAUGCGGUUUUCAAUAAAAUGAAAAAAACUGCUGUUCUGGUGAAUGUGGGCCGUGGAGCUGUCGUUCAAACUAGCUCUUUACUCAAAGCUCUCAAGGAGAAGAAGAUAUUCGCUGCGGGGGUCGAUGUGAUUGACCCUGAACCUCUGCCAAGCGAUCACGAAUUGUUGAAACUACCGAAUUUUGAAAUUGUACCGCACCUGGGCUCUGCCACUAUCAAAACGAGGAAUGAAAUGUCAGCUGUUGCCGCUCAGAAUAUUCUGGACGCCCUGGAGAAUCAACCACUCGCCUAUCCCCUGUAGAUGAUUGACAAAGAAAUUUCCCCCCUUUUCUCUAAAAAAUCUUUAAAAUGAAAUAAAUAAAAAUGAAAAAUUUUGUGGGGAUAAGAAAAUCGCGGAGAAUCGCAAUUGUGGAAAGUAUUAUUUCAAUUUAUGGUAUACUUGCAUUUUUAAUAAUAGUCUUUCAAUAUACAGAUUCAGUAAUCAAUCUUA